AUGGCGGGUGAUGGUCGCGGCGCACGCACUCCACUGUUGGAGUGCGGUGGCUACGCGCAAGUGCACGCGUACAAGACGCCGGCACCGCGCUGCUGCUUCUGGCUGGCGAGCCAUAUAAACGUAAGGAAGUGCGUCGCCGGCGUCAUGCUGCUCUCCGUCCUCACCAUAUUCUUCUAUACGUAUUACGUCACGGUGCCGCUAACGAGUUUGGUGUGGCGAGACCGUGUACCGCGGCCAUUGUCGCAGUGUUCGCUGCUCGCGUCGCAGCAGCAGCACGCACGCGACCACACGUCGGACGCGCGCCUCCGCAUCGACGCGAAAGUACUGGUCAUCGUCGAGUCGGCCUACUCGCGUCUCGGACGAGAUAUCGCCGAACUGUUAGUCGCCAACCGAAUUCGGUACAAGGUGGAAGUCGCUGGCAAAAGUCUACCAAUUCUCACCACCUUGGACAAGGGACGGUACGGAGUUAUCAUCUUCGAGUCGCUUUCAAAAUACGCGAACAUGGACAAGUGGAAUCGGGAGCUUCUAGAUAAAUACUGCCGAGAGUAUUCCGUGGGAGUUGUGGGUUUUGCAACACCUGGUGAAGAGAGUCUCGUAGGAGCGCAGCUGAAGGGAUUUCCACUCUUUAUGCAUACUAACCUGAGACUUAAGGACGCAACUUUAAACCCCGCGUCACCAGUACUGCGUCUCUCCCGCGCCGGUGAGACGGCUUGGGGCGAUUUGCCGGGAGAUCAUUGGACGGUGUUCCGAGCAAAUAGUUCCACGUACGAACCUGUCGCAUGGGCCGUGAGACAGAACGAAUACGGUUCCGGUGAAAACCGGUCACCACUGGCGACGGUGAUACAAGAUCACGGCAGGCUCGACGGUGUUCAGCGAGUAUUGUUUGGUUCCGGAUUCCAGUUUUGGUUGCACCGGCUUCUGUUUCUCGACGCUUUGAGCUAUUUGAGCCACGGACAAUUGAGCCUCAGCCUGGAGAGGUGGAUCCUUGUCGAUAUCGAUGAUAUAUUUGUUGGCGAAAGAGGUACUCGUCUCCACGAAGAAGAUGUAUCGGCGUUAUUGGCUUCUCAAGCUGCUUUGCAGCGACUGGUCUCUGGUUUUCGGUUCAAUCUUGGCUUCAGUGCGAAAUAUUAUCACCAUGGAACACCGCUCGAGAAUCGUGGCGAUGACGCUUUAUUAAAGAACAGGGAACAUUUUACUUGGUUUUGUCACAUGUGGAACCACCAACAGCCGCAUCUAUAUAACAACGUUACCCAACUUGAGACCGAGAUGAUGCUGAACAAACAAUUCGCAAUAGAGCACGGCAUUCCCACCAAUUCGUGUUACUCGGUAUCGCCGCACCACUCCGGCGUGUAUCCUGUGCACGAGCCGCUUUACGAGGCCUGGCGGAAAGUGUGGGAUGUUAAAGUAACGAGCACCGAGGAGUACCCUCAUUUGAGGCCGGCCAGGCUACGGCGGGGAUUCCGACAUCGAGGAGUGAUGGUUUUACCUCGCCAGACGUGCGGUCUAUUCACGCACACGCUGCUUUUAGAACGGUACCCCGGUGGCAGGCAGCGACUAGACCGUUCAAUACAAGGAGGGGAAUUGUUUCAGACUGUCAUCAAUAACCCUAUCAACAUCUUCAUGACACACAUGUCGAACUACGGCAACGACCGGCUCGCGCUUUACACGUUUGAGUCGGUUGUGAAAUUCCUACGUUGCUGGACGAACGUACGGCUAGCUUCAGCGCCGCCUCUCGCACUUGCCGACAAGUAUUUCCAACUUCGACCCGACGAACUCAAUCCGCUUUGGGGGAACCCGUGCGACGACAUCCGGCACCGGCGCAUCUGGUCGAAGAGCAAGUGGUGCGGGUCGCUGCCGCGCGUGCUGGUGGUGGGGCCGCAGAAGACGGGCAGCACGGCGCUGCACACCUUCCUGGCGCUGCACCCCGCGCUCGCGCCCAACCUGCCCAGCCCCACCACCUACGAGGAGCUACAGUUCUUCAACAACCACAACUACUUGAAGGGACUGGACUGGUACUUAAACUUCUUCCCGGCGAGCCUGAGCAACUUGAGUCAGAUUUCCUUCGAGAAAUCAGCGACGUAUUUCGACGGCGAGCUGGUGCCAAGACGUGCCCACGCACUUCUUCCUACUGCAAAAAUCAUCAUUAUUCUUAUUUCUCCCUCUAAAAGGGCGUAUUCGUGGUAUCAACAUAUACGAUCGCACGGUGACCCCGUCGCUAAAAAUUACACUUUCCACACCAUCAUUACGGCGAACGAUUCCGCCCCCAAGCCGCUUAAGGACUUAAGGAACCGUUGCUUGAACCCGGGCAAGUACAGCCACCACCUGGAGCGCUGGCUGGCGGAGUACAGCGCGCACCAGCUGCACGUGCUGGACGGCACGCAGCUGCGCGCCGAGCCCGCCGCCGUCAUGAACACGCUGCAGAAGUUUCUCAAGCUCACGCCGCACAUUGACUACAACAAGCUGCUCAAAUACGAUCCCAAAAAAGGCUUCUUCUGUCAAGUAACAAGCGGCGAGAAGACGAAGUGCUUGGGCAAAUCGAAGGGCCGUAUCUACCCGCCGAUGGAAGAGCGCUCGGCGAAGUUCCUAAAGCGCUACUAUACGCCGCACAACACGGCGCUAUCGAAACUUCUAGUGAGAUUAGGCCGGCCCGUGCCUCAGUGGCUCAAAGACGAACUGUCCAAUGGAUAG